GAAAGGACAUUGUGAAUGUCAUUUGAUCCUGCUAGACUUUCUAGGGGGAGUAGGGGGACUGCAUCUGGCUUCACUGCUGAAUUUGAGAGCUAUCCUAAAGGAGUGUUGCUAUUGACUUUUUUGUUUCACUCUGGCUCACCAUUGUUCCUUGUUCUGCAAGAUCUGUGGGAUGCAUACAGUAUCAGUGUGCGAGUUACCACCAUGGAUGCUGAGCUGGAGUUUGCCAUCCAGCCCAACACCACAGGGAAGCAGCUCUUUGAUCAGGUUGUGAAGACAAUUGGGUUGAGAGAGGUCUGGUUUUUUGGACUUCAAUACCAGGACACCAAGGGCUUCUCAACGUGGCUGAAGCUUAAUAAAAAGGUGACCGCCCAAGACGUGCGCAAGGAAAGCCCACUGCUCUUCAAGUUCCGUGCCAAGUUCUACCCAGAGGAUGUGUCAGAGGAACUGAUUCAGGACAUCACGCAGCGCCUCUUUUUCCUCCAGGUGAAGGAGGGCAUCUUGAAUGACGAUAUAUAUUGCCCUCCAGAAACGGCUGUCCUCCUCGCUUCCUAUGCCGUCCAGUCUAAAUACGGAGAUUUCAACAAGGAGAUGCAUAAGCCUGGCUAUCUUACUGGUGACAAACUGCUUCCUCAAAGAGUUCUAGAACAGCACAAACUCAGUAAGGACCAAUGGGAGGAGAGGAUCCAGGUGUGGCAUGAGGAACAUCGGGGAAUGCUCAGGGAAGAUGCCAUAUUGGAGUACCUGAAAAUUGCACAAGAUCUGGAAAUGUAUGGUGUGAACUACUUCAGCAUUAAGAAUAAGAAGGGCUCUGAACUCUGGCUAGGUGUUGACGCUCUUGGACUCAACAUUUAUGAGCACAAUGACAGAUUAACACCAAAAAUUGGAUUCCCCUGGAGUGAGAUCAGGAAUAUUUCAUUCAAUGACAAGAAGUUUGUUAUCAAGCCUAUCGACAAGAAAGCACCAGACUUUGUAUUUUAUGCCCCACGAUUACGGAUUAACAAGCGAAUCUUAGCGCUGUGUAUGGGGAACCAUGAGCUUUACAUGCGCAGACGAAAGCCAGACACCAUUGAGGUGCAGCAGAUGAAGGCACAGGCUCGGGAAGAGAAGCAUCAGAAACACAUGGAGAGAGCUCUGUUGGAGAAUGAGAAGAAAAAGAGGGAACUGGCAGAAAAGGAGAAAGAGAAGAUUGAGCGUGAGAAGGAAGAGCUGAUGGAACGACUCAAGCAAAUUGAGGAGCAAACCAAGAAAGCUCAACUAGAAUUGGAAGAACAGACUCGCAGGGCAUUGGAACUAGAGCAGGAAAGGAAACGAGCCCAGGAAGAGGCAGAGAAGCUGGCUAAGGAACGCCGAGAGGCAGAGGAGGCAAAGGAAGCCCUGCUGAAAGCAUCCCACGAUCAGCAAAAGACUCAGGAGCAGCUGUCAGCUGAGAUGUCAGAACUCACAAGCAGAAUCUCACAGCUGGAAGUUGCCAGGCAGAAGAAAGAGAGCGAAGCCAUGGAGUGGCAACAGAAGGCUCAGACAGUGCAGGAGGACCUAGAAAAGACCAAAGAGGAACUGAAGAUGGCCAUGAGCACCCCUCACGUCACUGAACCUAUGCAGUCUGAGAACGAGCAGGACGAUGAACAGGAUGAGAAUGCUGCUGAGGCCAGUGCUGAGCUGAGGGCAGAUGCCACCAUCAAGGACCGCAGCGAGGAGGAUCGCACUACUGAGGCGGAGAAGAAUGAACGGGUUCAGAAACACUUGAAGGCUCUUACCUCGGAGCUGGCAAAUGCCCGGGAUGAAACUAAGAAGACAGCCAAUGACAUGAUCCAUGCUGAGAACAUGCGACAGGGCCGUGACAAGUACAAGACCCUCCGCCAGAUCCGGCAGGGCAAUACUAAGCAGCGCAUUGAUGAGUUUGAGUCCAUGUAAACUCUUCCUGCAUCUGCUGUCCCUGCACUCUCCCUCUUCCCCAUCCUCUCCCAUCAUUCACGUGUAAUCAUGCUGCGCUGGAACCACUACAGAAGAGUGACCAUGGUCUUAUUUAUCAAGUUUCAUUCAGUCUCUGCAGUUCAGCAGUGGAGGAACAAAAUAUCCAUGUCAUGAGGGGUGGAGACUCCAAAUCUGAAAUUUUGUUUUUUGCCUAACUGGGUAAAAUCACAAUUGCACAUGGCUUUGUACUGUUUUACUGAAACAACUGCAUUGCUCCCUGGGUCCACUUGGAGGAGAUGCAGCCAGAUACUUCCACUGAGUUACAUAUGGUAAAAUUCAUCAGUCUGACACAUUUGCCUUACAACAGUAGUUCAGUAUUAGAAUUGAGUAGCGAGGGGCUAGAUUGCUGCUUUGUGCAAGGCUUUCACUUUAAUUGAAUUGGCAGGUGGGGUGUAGAGAAGGUUUGAGUGAAGUGGGGUUGGAAAUGAAGUUUAGAAUGUUUAUUUCUGAAAGACCAAAGCUGCUUCUGCUCCCUGAAUUUGAGCAAGCCAAACAUAUCCUGUGAACUGUCAGUGUUAAGACUUCUUGAAGGUCUAUCAGACUUUUUUUUAAAUAUGAAACUGUCUCCCAUUCCAGAGUCCUUUGGAGUGAUCUGGACACUUCCAUUAUAACAACUUGUUUUGGAGCAGUGGACUUAGUAAGGAGAGGGGUUCCUCCUUCACAGUAAUUCUUGUACAUUGCCAUUUGCACAACAAAUGGCAGGCAGCAGUGGAGACACUGUUGCUGGAGGGGCUUUAACUUCAAGUAGUGACCUGCAAUUAGAAAUCUAAAGGAAUAGGCAGGGUGAGGGAUGGGGUGGGUGGGGGGAGUUUAAAAAUUAAGUAGUUCUAACCAAAUGAAAACACAGCCACCAAAAAUGACUUUUUUUUUUGCAUUUAUUCCUCUCAUGCAGGUAACUUCCAGAAAAGGCCUUUUUUAAACAUAAAGCAUUGGUGCCUUAUGACUUAUGCACAGAUACAUACUGUAGUGUACAGUUUGAAUAAGGUGUUGUCUUAGUUUGUGUUUUUUAUUUAGUUUAAAUUAGAGGAAUGACCAGCAGCUGGGAACCAAAAAUAAUCAGUGACCUAAAGGCUUUUCACUUCACAUCUGAUUCAUCUGUUACAGUUUAAACUCCUCUCUCCUUUCCUGCCAUUUCUUUGGGUUGGGAAGAUACCUGACCUGUGGUCUAUCUUACAUGGAAUCCUCUUCCUGUUAUCUUAAUUAUUAAUUGAUAGGAAUGAAGUUGUGUUCCUCACUCAAACCUCUCUCCUUCCCUUGGAAUGAUGUCCUUUAUCUGACCUUGAGAACACACAUGUUGCUUUUACAGGUUCUCUAGUUUCUGUCCCUGGUGAUGUGACUUUCAGUCCUGAGCUUGCUGUCACUGAUGUACAGUUCAAGUCCAUUUGCAUAACUGGACUUGGUUAUGCAUUCCUGACCUUGUUAGAGAGGUUUCAGUGUAGCAGUUGGCAGGAAAUAACCAUGUAUGUUCAGGGUUGACUUGGAUAAGGCCUUGGUUGUUUGUAGAAGAAAAUAAAGGAAAAUGCAUCAGUUUUAGAGUCCUUUAAAAUCUGAAUCCAUCUAAAUGAACUCCUCCAGUUCUUCCCAGCUUAACUUAGCUGGUUGUUACUUAAAUUUGCAGCCUUCAGGCAGGCUGGUGGUGUGUUCUUGCUUAAUGUGUUUAAAAAUCUAUGCAAUUCUUUCAGCCCUGUGGAAGCUCUCCACCCCCUUUCUCAUCCAUGUAGUAUGGGCAGGAUAAGGAAAACAUCUGACCUUGUUAGAGCUACUCAAAACUCCUUCUACUAAGGCAAAGUAGAAGUGGUACAAUGGAAUGUUCCAACUCUGGUGGGGAGAGAAGACUCUCAAAGUCAGUGUUAAUACAAGCCUGCAGUAUUUCUCCAGAAAUCGCUUGUACUUCUUGAGACCACCUCCUCUGUAGAAGUGACUUUAGAGAAGUAAUAUCUGUCUCUUUGCAUGUAAAUGCUGUCCAAAUGUACCCCUGUUGGUGGCAAACUUAAUGUAGAUCCUUCCAAAGUCCCAGUAAAUGCAUUUUGAAGCACUUUGUCUUCAGACACGAUGUGCCUUUAGGAGGGGAGGAAGAAGGAAACUUUCAAUCAACCCAAAAAAAGCCCCUCACAAAACACCCCAGUGUUUGAAAGUUACAAAUAAGACUGCAGUUAAACUUGUCAGAACGUAUUUACAUAUUCCUUUACGGAAGAGUUAUUGGCACUGAUUCUAUUUGAAUCUCAUUACUGGGAGAACAAACAACAAUAAACUUCACUUCUGGUGCUCUAAAGCUGGUUUUCUGCAGUUCUGUGUCUAAAAAAAGUUUUAUUGCAUCUUCAGCAGUUUUCUAAUGAGAAGAUGCACAGUGUCUGAAGUAUGCUUGUUCAAAUAAUAAACCAGUAAACCUCUUUCUGUUGUGAUGGGUCACAGAACACUGCUGAGCUCCUGUUACGUUGGGUUUUUUGGUCACAUUCUAAUGGUCUAAAAUAGGAAUAGAACAAUUUGUGCCAGUUAGGUGGACUAACUCCUUGUGUAGUUGUUUCAGCUGUACCCUUUCCUACCAGUAUUAUAUAUUCCAGUGGUAUCUAAUGAUAUUUGAUUUCAGUCUUUCUAGCUAUGCACAAUUAGAAAAUAUUAGUCCUGGGAGGAGGAGAUGUUUAUAGUCCCCUUUUGAAAAUGUAUACUGUAUUGUAAAGAGAUGAUAUUUUGCAAGGAAAUUUAAUGUAAGAAGCUUUCAGUAUUAUGGUGAGAUUUCUAAACACAUUUUUUGUUACAAUACAUUGAGUUCAUUUUUAUUCUCUCCCCCUUUCUCCCAAUUUGUUUACUACUUGGAUAUAUAGUAUCCUCUUCAGGGGGAUUAUCCUCCCAGGGGGUUAUCCUAUCAAGUGUUUGCCUGGCUUUGUUUUUUGUUGCUGUAAAUUAUGUCUACACAUUUUUGACACAACUUUUUAUUUGGUUAUAUUAAAACAGCAGUCCCUGUGAGCUAACUCAUGGGGCUCAUGUGGCUAACCACAUAAAGAACCUUGGUAUCAAGACACUUACCUUUAGAGGAAUUUGUUGAAGUCCAUUUCCUGUUUUUCCUUCAGUGCCAAUAAAGUUUAGAGAAAUUAAA